UUCCCGUCUGUUCUGUCUAUUCAAAAUGGCCGUCAAAAAAAUCCGGAGAUAAAGUGGUUGUUUGGCCUUUUAUAAUUACGUUAAUUGCAAACGGGAUCAUUAUUAAAGCGUAUUUAAUAUAUGUUAUUUAUGUAUAUAAACAUGUAUAUAACUGAUCCGAAGGACAAAUAAUGAGGAAUUAACAAUAUCUAAAGCAGGAACUACCGUGCAUUGGAAGGUUGAUUGUAAACAAAUCUUUUCGACAUACGUAACAUAGCAAUCACGGAUUCGAUCAUCGGUUUGGAAGAGUCAGGUGGAAGUGUGAAACUAUGGCAGAAGAAAAUGAUAUUAUCGGCAGCGCAUCUGAAUUUAUUAAAGAUCGACUGUACUUUGCUACUCUGAGAGUGAAACCCAAAUCAACAGCGCACACACAUUAUUUCUGUGUGGAUGAUGAACUGGUUUAUGAAAAUUUCUAUGCAGAUUUUGGGCCAUUAAACUUGGCCUUGUUGUACAGAUACUGUUGCAAAGUAAACAAGAAAUUGAAGUCUUUUUCACUUGCGAAGAAGAAAAUAGUACAUUAUACAAGUUUCGAUGCUAGAAAACGAGCCAAUGCAGCAUUUCUGGUAGCAUCAUAUGCUAUUAUAUAUUUGAAAAAAACACCAGAAGAAGCCUACAGACCACUGGUUGCUGGUUCAAACCCACCGUAUCUUCCAUUCAGGGAUGCCUCGUUUGGAGCAUGUUCGUACAAUCUCACAUUGCUUGACUGUCUGCAUGGCCUAAAUAAGGCUUUGGCAAAUGGGUUUUUCAACUUUGAGAAGUUUGAUGUUGAUGAGUAUGAACACUAUGAGAAAGUAGACAAUGGUGACUUCAACUGGAUUUUGCCUGGCAAAUUUUUAGCAUUUUGUGGGCCUCACCCUAAGUCAAAGAUAGAAAACGGUUAUCCUCUUCAUGCCCCGGAAGCUUACUUUCCGUACUUUCGAAAGCAUAAUGUCACAACCAUUAUACGACUCAACAAGAAGAUCUAUGAUGCUAGAAGAUUUACUGAUGCUGGAUUUGAUUUUUAUGACCUGUUUUUCAUUGAUGGUAGUGUUCCCAGUGACAACAUCGUUCGGCAGUUUCUUGAAAUUGCUGAGAAUGCAGAAGGGGGGAUAGCAAUUCACUGUAAAGCUGGUCUAGGGAGGACAGGGACAUUGAUAUGUUGUUAUUUGAUGAAGCAUUAUAAGUUCACAGCAGCUGAAUCUAUCGCAUGGAACAGAAUAUCACGGCCGGGCUCUGUCAUAGGGCCUCAGCAGAACUUCCUAGAAGACAAACAAGCCUGGCUGUGGAUGCAAGGUGAUUUACAUCGUGCCAAGCAGAAAGACUGGGCAAAGGAGCGGCCAUGCGUGUCGAAGAUUCUCACUGGUGUAGAUGACAUGCGCAUCCAGGAUGCCCUGGACAACAGCAGCUACAAGUACAAAUACACUGAUGAGGACAACCUCUAUUCUGGUCCCGUUACAAGGAGCAGUGGUGUUGAAACUCAGGGAGAUAAGCUUAAUCAGAUGAAGUUACUACGGAAACAUCCCCGGUCUGCUACCACGGGAACACUAGGUGUUGAUGAUGUCAAGAUUCACAAACGUUCAACCACGCAAUCUCAUCGGAUGUCCGGAUCGAAAAGUGCACAAGGGGUGAUGUCUCCGCUAAAAACGUCCAAAGUGUCCACAUCCGUCCUUGCUAACAACCAUGCUAAUGCCAACGCCAAGCGGAGUAUUCGUCUUUCAUCGGGAUCUUCCUCCACUAGCAAAAGAAAGCAGCAGAUGUACAGCUUGAGGAGAAGCGUACAUCCUAGCUCGACUAGGCGUAGCCUUGACUUAUAUUCAGACUACGCUGACUCUAAGACAAAGGAUUAUAAAAGCAACCUGUUUACUAGUUCUGCGGAUAUAUAUAAAACAUCACCUGAAUACGUCUCGGCCUGGCCAAACAAAUAUCUCUUACGAUCCAACAAUACAGUCAAUCCCUCCUCGCAGUACUACUAAGAAUUCUAAUCUGCGAUGACACUCGUUUCCAUGGAAACAGAAUACGACUGUGCUGUGAGCUGUAAAUAUGGUUGGCAGUCAUCAAGGACUAAUAUUUCCUGACACUUCAGAUAGCUUGCUAGAUAUUGUGAAAUCAAUUCUAGUAUGACUGCUCAGUUCAGCCAUGUUAUACAUAUAUUUAAAUAUGUGCUUGAACCUGGCAAAAUGUUAAUAGAAAACCCCCAAAGAUGAAAUAUUAACACUAUUUUAUGUAUAAAAAGUAGUUUGUAUAUGUGUAGAUAAAGUGAUGCUUUCUAUGCAGAAUGGUCACAUUUUUAUAUAUACAUAUAUCUAUAUAUAGCAACUGAAAGCAGCUUUUAUUGCAUCAGUGACAAUAUAUCAUGGUGUGUUUUAAACUAUGUAGAAUUUUACAUUAAUUGGUUGUUUUUGUUAUAGCUGUUUGUCAAAAUAUUUGGGUAUAUUGUAUUGAGCAUCCCUAUCUAUUUGUACAUAUGUCUUUUAAUGAAUAAUGGUAUGCUAAAAGUGAUGUUUAAAUUACAUUUUUUAUUUUUGUUUUUAUCUAUUCAUCAGACUUGUUAAUUAUUGGAAUUAUAAUUUUCUAUGCAUUAUUAUACAUGCAAAUAAUAAGAUGAAUUCAUGGAGAAUAUUUCAUGCUUUCUGUCAAGUAUGAUUUGUGUCUCAAUGAAUGACAUUUGCAUGUUCCAGUGCUAGCACAACAUAUGUCAUAAGAAAUGGCAGACAUCUUGAGAUGAGAUUUCAAUAUUAUUUGACUGAAAAGAUUAAAAAAAAUUAUUAUACAAAUUUCAUCCACUUAUCUUUAUUCUCAAAAACCUACCACAAGUUCACUAAUGCCACUGAGCAAAUAACUGAACCAACCAGUGACAACAUUUUGGUAAAUGACUUCAUCUAGUGACAUCACUAAAAAACCUCUAGGGACUAUAUUUAGUCUACUUAAUAGGAUAUGAUAUUUCUCAAAUAUAUCGCAUCUUGAAGAUUAAGGCUAGGCCAGUUGGUGAUUUUCCUUUCUACCCUUAGAAGAGUUCAGUGUUGAUAUGAAGAAGACAUGAUUUUAUUUUAUUUAUUUAUUUUUAAUAAAUUGUAAAAUAUUGAAAUAAUGAACCAAAACCAAAUUCUCUUUAUUAUUAGCAUUGUUUAUAUUAUUAGCAUUGUUUACAGUUUAAAGUCUGUGAAAAAAAUAAUUAUGAUUUCUGAAGUCAUCAGUUAUGUAAGUGCAAGAUUACUGUCUUGUAAAGACUUUGGUUUUUAGUGUUGACUCCAUUUUAUUGUGAGACAGGCAGAAGAAAUUAAAAUUAUAGCCUGUUUUUCUGCAUCAAAAAAUUAUUUGUUUUAAUGUUUUUACAAAAAUCCAGCUAAGAAAAGAUCAUUGUUCAAUCGAGUUCAUUACGGUUGGGUAGAUUUGUCCAAAAAAAUGAAAUCAUUUUGUUUAAUUCAUCUGAUUGUAUGACUUCAAAAUAUUUUUGAAUUCAUAAAUGUGCAGAUUAUUAUUUGUGUUUUUCAACCUGUCUUCCACAUUAAACAGCCCAGGUAAAGAAUACAUUUCAGGUUUGAACACCCAGCUGAUUAGCAUUUGCUCAACUAUAAUGCAGAACCACUAUAGCCAUCCAGCUUUCGAUUUAUAAUAUUGAAACAAAUUUAUUUUGAAUGUCUGGGUGUUUUUUGUUUUCAGAAUGAUUUCACCCAUUAUAAUAUUUGUUUUAUUUUGUGACUUGUGAAAUCGCCUGUCGGACAGAUUGGGUUGACAGUUUGAAUGGAUUGUUGAUAUUAUUUCAAACCUACCAUGCCUCUUAUAUCAUUUUGUGUUGCCAUGUGGGUACCUUUGACAUGGUAAGUAAAUCUGAUUCAGUGAGGUUAUACGGUGAAAGAAUAAGACAUUAAAAGGAACAAAAUAAGAUGAAACCUUUCUGCAGCUGGUAGUAAUUGCUGGUUAUUGGCUAAAACAAAAACUUUCAUCAUUGUGUAAUUCAGUAUCAAUAGAACAGCUUGGAAUGACAUUACUAAAGAACUGUUUUAAUAGGAGGUAUUCUGUUUCCAUUGACAGGUUGUUUGGGUACGAGUAUAAUUGAUUGUUGGAUACCUCAGUUGUGUGUUAUAAAAGGCGAGAAAGGAAAUGAGUAUAACAUGAGCCGUUACCUAAUAAUGUGGUACAUGUAUCUCUAAACCAGUGUAAUUCAAUCUCCAUCUUCUCAGUGAGCUGAUUUUAAAACAUUUCUACUGGUUCAUUCAAAACUUGUUUUCACAGAGUAUUAAAAAUCUGCUUAUCCAUUUAGAAAAUAGUGGGGACAAGAUGCUUAUCCAUUUAGAAAAUAGUGGGGACAAGAUGCUUAUCCAGUUAGAAAAUAGUGGGGACAAGAUGCUUAUCCAGUUAGAAAAUAGUGGAGACAAGAAGUUGAAAAGGUGAUAUCGUAUCGUAAAACCCUGCAAUUUAGAAAAAAAGGACAAAACCAAAAAAAAAAGCAAGCAAACCCCACCCCAAAAUAACCAUUGGUUACCAAAAUACUUCUGCAAAACUAGUUUUCUUAAAUAUUAUUAUUUGUUGAUGUGGUUUAGUUCUUUCAUGUUACAAAGGAAGAUGCUGCAUGUAGAAGUCUGGUUUCAUUAUUCAAAGAUGAGAGGUUGAGAUGGCAUAUAUAUAUAUAUAUAUUUUUUUUUAGCUUUGCUAUGACAUUUAUUUGUAAGUGGAGCAAUUUUGUCCGGUGUUCAUUCAUCCAUCCGUCAACUUUUCCUUUGAAAUCUGUCUUCUGCAGUUUUAAUUGCAUUAUUCUGAAACAUGGUACAAUAAGUGUUCACAAACUAAUAGAGAGGUAUUUUGGAAGUUUUUAAUUUAUGAUUUUUUAAAUUAAAUUUAAACAUUUUAAAUAGAAAUUUAUCAUCUAUCUUCUCGUAGAGUUUUGAUUGCAUAGUUCUUAAACUUCGUAUAAGUAUUCUCAAACUAGUAAAGAGAUAUUUGAAAAAUCGUGAAUUCUUGAAUUUUUAUUAAAUAUGUUUGAAAUUUAAAUUGAAAAUUGAGUUUUGAUCAGAUAGCUUUAAAACUUGGCACUAUGAUUCUCUAGAUGAAACUUCACAAACUACUAGAUGUUUAUGAUAGUACAUUUUGAAUUUGUGAAUUUUUAUUAUAUUUUAAAUGGGAAAUUUAACAUUGAAAAUGUAAAAGUAUAUUCUUUUAGAGUUUUGAUUGGAUAGUUCUGAAAUUUAGUAUAAGUAUUCUCAGGGG